AUGCAACUUAUGGAGCAGAUGUUCGCCUACUGGGAGUCCGGUGAAAAUCCUUACUUGUUGCCUGCCACAGAUGGAGAUGAAAGCAAGUCCUACUCGAUUCGAGCUUUGACCUUUCAGGUCCUGUGCGAUUCCACCAACCAAGACAAGCUCCGAAGCUGCUUGCGAAUCUUCGGACCGGCUCGUGCAUGGAUGGGGCAAGUGGUCAAGGACCUUCAGAGCACCGUGAAGGGCUCCGUGAAACAUUGUUUGGCUUCGGCAACAGGUGCGAGAGUGCAGCACCUCGUGAGGGAGACCAUCGCCGACGCGACAUCAUGGGCUACUCUGGAAGCCAUCAAUGCCUCGAAUCCCAGCUUGGAUGCUGGGGCACAGGAGACAAUGCAAAUGCAUGUGGCCCUGACCUGCUCUUGGCUUGGUUGCAUGUAUGAGCUGGGCGACCACUUCAAAUGCUUUCCAUGGAAGUCAAUCCUUGCAUGCCACGAGCGCAGAUUCGUACAGCUGUUGAGUGCAAUGCGAGUCGAGGUCGCAUUCGUUCGACGCCUCGACGAUUUAAAUCGUCGAGGUGACCUCUACAAGAAGAUGUCGUUCACCAGGUGGCAGACAUUCCGAGAGCUUCUCGUGGAGGCCGAGUCCAUCAAGUACGAUGCCGAUCACCCGGAUGCCGCUCGUGUCAGAGAAAUCUUUCUUUCCUAUGCAGGUUUGACCUUGAAAAAUGUGGAAGCGAGCACAUUGAGCUCUCUCGCAUGCGAGUUGACAUUCAAUGACUUGCGAGAUGCAGAGCGGUGGAGUCAGAAGCAGGAGAUACGGACGCCUCCGGCACUGGCAUGCUCUGCGAUCAAGUCCUCCUGGGGCAGAAGCCCCCUCGAGAGGAUUGAUCUCCAGGCCCGUGACUGGUCAGACAGGGAGUCAGCGAGAUUGUUGAAAACCUCCGUGUUGGCGAACCAUCGCCAAAACGAUCGUGAUUUAGGUGUCAACAUGGUGGAGUUGACCAAUCAGCAAUUCUGCUCUCACAUCACGAAACCCCAUGUCCUACAGCAGCGACUUCGACUCUACUGUGUGCUCCUAAAAGAGUUCGAGGCUGACCCCGAGAUCGACCUGGAGCAAUUGUGCUCCAAGUCAUGGCCCUGUCGCAUGCUCCGACCCUGCAGCUUGUGGCGCCUGGGUGACCAAGACGAAGCUGAAACCAGAUUGGUUUUGCAAGCAGGACCUCACACAGUCCGCUAUGCAGUGGUGGAGAGUGCUGUGCACAACGACUCCCUGCACUACCGGCUCUCCGCUUCCAGGACCGUCAUUCAGGAGACCUUGAGAUUCGACGGUGUCUCAGGGCAACUCUCGCUAGCAGUGGGUGUUGCUUCCGAGCAGCAUGGACUCUUGCUGCAAGCAGAAGCCUGGCUACCUCCUGCCAGGUACCUCCUGUCACACUCCAUCCUCAACAUGCCAGCCGGUUGGAUUGUGCAGUUCUCUCAGCUACAUGGCCUGGGAGGUGGAAAAGCCACUCACCGUGAUCGAGUACAACGCCUGUUGGAAAGAGAAAACUACCCGCAGGACUACAUCGAUGAGAUCUUGGAGCAGUUGCCCGAGCCCCGUCCACGCAGAGCUCGUGCCGCUGCAGAUGGCCAGAAUGAUGCCACCCGGACAAUGCUUUUCAAAGAAAUUGCUGGGUCGGGUUUCUGA